UUGUAUAAAAGCGCACUGUUCCUUCAUGUUUUGUUAUCAGACCGAUUACUGGAAGCCCAGCACAGGAUCUCAAGAGCAUCAUGCGCCACUUUGGGUUUCUCGUCCUUCUUGGGCUUUUCAUCGGCACACAGGCGGUCAACCUUACGGACCUGCUUGAAGCAUUGAACACUACUGAGACGACUUGGCUAAAGAGGCGGACUUAUAAUAUGUCGGACCAUACCUGUGUCUACACCCAAAAAAUCGACCUGAAUGAAACGAACUACAAAUUUGAGCAAGGCUACAUGACUGGUCAUACUAAAUUAAACCACACCCUGUACGCAAAGCUAGGAGAGAACCGGACUGCUGGUCCUUGGAUGGAAGUCAGCAGCGAGCCAGAGCCAACACAUCACGGCUUAAGAUUUUUUCUACAGUACUGGAAUGGAACGGAAAAGUGUGGCAUCCUCAAAACACAUCUAUUAGGCGAGGAUCAAUACGAAGUGCACGUAUGGGAUAGUAAAGUUAAUGAUACAAACCAAGCGUGCAUGCAAAAAUAUGAUGAUUUAAAAACUGGAAAAGGAUCCUACGAAGUUUAUUCUACCAGCUGCAAGACUGCCGCCUGAAAACAUUGAGCUGCAACCUUUUCAGAAGAUGAGCCCCUUAGCGAAAAAAAAAUCAUCUGAAAAGUACAUUUUGUAGGAUGUAGCAGUAAAAUGGAGCAUGUUUAAAAAU